UUUUUUUUUACUGUUUUUUUUAUUUUUUAUUUUUUUUCGUAAGAAUUGGCGGAGAGGAAUAGAUAAUUUGCAUAAUUGAAUAAUCCAGUUUUAAUUAUAAACAUAAAAAGUCAAAUCAUAUCAUAUCAUCUAAACUAAAAAUAAACUAAAUUAUACUAAAUAAUGUUCCAGGAGAUAACCAUCAAAGCGGGAGAUGGAAUGGCGCAUAUAUCCACCAAGAUCCUUGUGAGUCACCAUAUUGCAAGCUUCAUAUUUCCUUGAAGAUAGCGUGUCAGAGUCCAACAAUGCUGGAAUAUUGUUCGGUUGGAUUGAGUUUGGGAGUGUAGACAGGGAGACAAAUUCAGUGGUAGAUAUACAUGGUUCAGAACAAUGUUUUCGAAUUUGAGCUUCACCAGUAGCCAAAGACCAUGAUGAAUAAUGGCGAAUCCAGGGUAUCUGUUCCACGAUGACCACCGUUUUCCAUUUUUCACUGUUGUCGCUGCUGUUCUUGCUUUUGAGAAUCCAUCCUGCACGUUGUUUGAAGCCCAAAUCUAUUCAAAAAAAAAAAAAAGAUCAAGUGAAUUAUCAUCAUAACAGAAUCAGUAUAUACCUUUUGGUUACCUUCAUCACGUGUACCACUCGGAAUAUUCAAAAGACAGUAUUGAUCCUUGAGCCACCACCUUUGAGUCGAUUGUUGUGAAGAAGAAACCCAAAAGCUGCUAUUGUCUAUGGUAUGGGA